GUGGGCUCCAACGCACCAAUGUCGCCAGAGCAUCGACGGCCUCGACUGGUGCGAGCAUUCUUGCGGUGACUGCAGUGUGCUGUUAUACCACCACGACCAACACCAUGGCCGGCCCGCAUGUGCUACGCCGACGAGCGCCCCGGCCCUGCCGUCUGCUCGCUACUCGUAUACACUGCCCGCUUGCAAUUCGCGCGCACGGCCGUAAGCAAACCACUAAUUCCAAUCUACCCUCACGCCCGAACAUUGCCGGUCGUCCAGGGGAGCUGUCACUCGCUCCAUGGCCCCUAGCAUGUGGUGAUUGACAGCACCUCUCCUUCGUCGUUGCCACUCCACACCUUCCGAUAGGCACGUCCAGGAAACCUAGUUUCCCUCUCAACGUCCAACACACGUUUGCCCACACGCCGUCCCAUCCUGCGCCCUUUUGUCUACACACACGCACACACACUACACACGUUUUGUCUGCCUAGACCGCGCUCAACCGUUUCUCGGAAAGAAUUUGUCCAGAGCCUGCCAAUCA